UUUCACACUCUACCCCCCAUCUCCAUUUCCCUUUUUCACCCCCCUCCUCGUCCUUUUUUGAUUUCCUUGUUUCUUUUGCUCCUUUGGUAACAAAACUCUGCGUCGACCACGUAACGCAUCUAUUUGUACUACAUUAGCCGUCCAUCAUGUCCGCUUAUCCUCAUCGGCCCAUGGUCACGGCGACCCAGAAUCGGCUGGUGGAACUACUGGAUACCCUCAGAGGUGAAUAUGAACAGCUGACUCAGGAUGUCAUGAUGACCAAAACCCAACGCGACGAACUCGAACAUAAAAUGAACAGCCAGAUUCAAGAAAUGAAUUUAUUUCAGCAAAAUCUCAUUGAUCUGGAACGAACUCAGCAGAUCAUUAAAAAACAGUAUGAAGAAGAAAUUGCACGAUUAAGACAGCAACUGGAGCAGAUUCAACAUGGUGUCCCUGUGUCCGGCAGUCCCAAUCCAUACACAGCAUCAACAGCAGGUUACGGUUCUCAACCGCCACCGCCACCGCCCAUGUUGGAAUCUAGAAACGAGGCCAACCACUUUCCAAAUUAUCCUUUGCCACCCACCACCCACGGCGCUUCACCGAAUAUCCCUGGAGGAUACACCAAUGGAGGUCCACCACCCCACCCUUCUCACACACCGCCACCGCGAGAAACUGGAAGAGGGACAACCACCAACGGUGUCAAGCUUGGAGCUGGCCCUCCAAGUAGCAGUGCCAACGGACAACCGAAUUUGGGUGACAUUGACCCUGAAACCAUUCCGGCCAACCUCAAAAUCGAAGGCACCGACUGGUUUGCAUUUUUUAAUCCGCAAAUGCCUCGUUAUUUAAAGGUGGAUCUGGUUCACACGUUUGAUCAUGGAAGUGUUGUAUGCUGUGUUCGAUUUAGCACCGACGGUCGAUAUCUUGCCGCUGGAUGUAACCAAGCGACGUAUAUUUACGAUACCGCCACGGCCGCUCGUGUCGCAGUCCUUCAGGACGAGUCCGCAGGUCGAGAGGGUGACCUUUACAUUCGAUCCGUCAGUUUUAGUCCCGAUGGAACCCAUUUAGCCACGGGCGCUGAAGACAAGCAGAUCAGAAUCUGGGAUAUAGCGAAAAAACGUAUACGGCGGAUAUUACAGGGCCAUGAGCAAGAUAUUUAUUCUCUAGAAUUCAGCCGUGACGGGCGUAUUCUGGUGUCAGGAUCGGGGGAUCGCACAGUACGGAUAUGGGAUUGGACAGACGGUCGUUGCUUGCAUACACUUCGCAUCAACGAAGUGGAUCAAAAGGAACCAGGUGUCACCAGUGUGGCUGUAUCGCCGGACAGUCGACUAGUGGCGGCAGGUAGUUUGGAUAAAGUGGUUCGCGUGUGGGAUGCUGUGACUGGACAGCCUUUGGAACGUCUGGAUGGCCAUAAAGACAGCGUCUAUUCUGUGGCGUUUAUGCCGGACGGUAAAAACUUGGUGAGCGGCAGUCUCGAUAAGACCCUGCGCAUGUGGCAGUUGGGUACCGCAAAUGCAGCUUACGGUGGGGGUGGCGACCGAGGGAAAGGAGCUUGUAAACACGUAUUCGCAGGCCACAAGGACUUUGUCUUAUCCGUGGCCACCACUCCCGAUGGUAAUUGGAUCGUGUCCGGAUCCAAAGAUCGCACCGUCCAAUUUUGGGAUCCUCGUACAGGCCAAACUCAGUUCAUGCUGCAAGGCCAUAAAAAUUCAGUCAUCUCGGUGGCUACCAGCCCAGGGCGGCAACCCUUGUUUGCGACCGGCUCUGGCGACAAUCGAGCAAGAAUCUGGAGCUAUGAACCCGUCAGUUAAUACUCUGCGUAAUAAAAUAAAUUCGGCACUCAAUAUAACAAACGACUUCGUUGCAAUCAACGACACGCAUAAUGACUCGUUUCUUCACUUUUCAGUCGAUACUUUUUUCUAUUGCAUACUUU